AUGAAUGAAGAAAUUGACGAAUAUGAUAUCUAUCAUCAAGAUUUUACUACUGCGUCUGAAUGGGAGGUAUUCAUAGCACGAUUAGAAGAAGUUAUGCUGGACUGGAAAUUAACAAAAACGAAACUUCCUAAGCUCACUCAGGAAAACACAAAGAAAUGGUCUACAAGAACAGAAGAAAUAAGCCUGCUUGGUUUGGAUUUUAGACUUACCUAUCACGUUUUAGGCAACGUAAAGGACAAUGUAGAUGCAGAAAAUAAUACGGAACAAGAUUUAUUAAAAGAAUUACAAAAUGGUAUUUGGGACUCCACUACAAAAUUUAUGGACGACUCUGAUGGAAGCGAAUUUCCCGUAUCAAAUUGGUUUGGCCUUAAACGAUAUAUUAUGCUUUGUCCCCGGUCACCUCUCGUAGAUGGAGGUAUUAUUAAGUUAGUUAUGAGUUCAGUGAAUAUUGCCUUUGCAAAUAUUGAUUGUGGUGUACCAUUUUUUGUUAAAAUACGCGAACAUUUGCAACAUGCAUAUUUGGGUUUCUAUGAAGAUAGUGACUUUAAAACUAGCUUUGACACCAUACAUUUAGAACGAAUUUCCAAUCAGUGUUCCCACAUCAGUGGGCUUGUUGGUAUUUUUAAAUCAAAAAUAUCUUCACCAAUACCUCUUGAUGCAGUUGUUAUUUCUGUAAAAUUUUCCUACGAACUGAAGUACUCUGAAACCUUUGCUUGGAGGCAAAGGCUGUUAUCGAAUGAAUUUUUAUCAAUAGAUGGUUUCGAUGUGAAGAAAUUAAUUGAAAUUCCAUUUGGGUUUGAUACUAAUCCAAUAAAGAGUGCGCUACUCAAUGCUAUAUGGCCCCAGUUCAGAGAAAGUGCUAUAGUAGACUCUUCUACUUUUUCCGACAUUGAUCCUUUAAUGGCACCAACUUGGACUAUAACAAUAAAAUUCCACAACAAUAUUUGUGGUCAGUUAUCUGAUAUGAUUGACAAAGUUAUGCACUUAUUAGAUAACAGUCAGCUGCUCAUGGAUAUAUUAGGAUUAAGUAAAAGUUUAGGUAUAGUAAAUCCUUUGCAUAAAAUAACUGAAGCUCCUAUAACAAUUUCAAAAUUAGUAAAGGCUGCUAUGCGGCAAAAUACUACAGUGGGGGAAUUCAAGGGGCCUAUAGCAGAUGAUUUGUUGAUGACAUUGUUGUAUUACGUUUUCCCUGAUGCUGUUGCUUUGAGUACAUUUCCCUAUACAGAGGAUUUAGAUGUUGAGAAUAAAAAAGAGAGUAAUGAUACAAAGCUUUGUAACUAUGUUAAAGCAAGUCCAGUUGAUGGCUUAGUGUGGCGAUUAUCUGUGGCAUCAGCUAGCCUAAUAGUAGCUGGAGGACUCUCUUAUCUCGCACACUUUUGGUAUGAGUUCACUCAAGAAUUGCAAUAUAGAUGGGAACACAAAAUACUUAUUCCAGGGUAA